AUGCGCUGGCUGAGACCCCCCGGGCCACCGCUCGCCCUCCGCGACACGUGCGCAGGCGCAUGCGUACGGCGGCGGCGCCUUCCUGUUCCGCCCUUUCGCGGGCAAGAGAACGGCGCCUGCGCAGCAGUCGCUGACCCGGCGGCGCCUUGGGCGUGCGGCUGCGCCGGCAGGGCGCCCCCGGCGGGGCUUUGCCUCCGGAUCCAGAUCAACCCCCAGAACAAAGGCGAGUUCCAAGGCAUUUCACCGGAGCGGGCAUUUGCCGAUUUCCUCUUUGCCAACACCAUCCUCCAUCUUGUCGUCAUCAAUUUUGUUGGCUGA